AUGGAUACGGCUCUGCAAACGGCACUGAGCGCUGGUGCUUCCUCAGCGUCCGGAUUCCAUUCCAACAAGCCUAACGGCGUCAACCCCGAACUAGCCGGCAAGAAUGUCCUCCCACAAAGCUUCUGCCCAACUCCCAAAGACCGCCUCUCUUUUACCGCCGUCAACGGUGAUGUCAAAAGCUCAUACCUUUCCAUCGGCGGCUGGCCGUGGGGUGACAAGCCUACCUGGCACUACGACGAGAGCGAAUGGAUCAAGAUUCAGGAGGCAUGGCAGACUCUUUACGACGCAGGCAUCAACUUCAUCGAUACCGCUGAGGCCUACGGCAACGGCCAGAGCGAGAAGAUCGUCGGCGACCUCGUCAAGGGUCUCCCUCGCGACAGUUUCGUCGUUCAGACCAAGUACUUCAGCACGCCCAUGAAGGCGGAUAACUUCAUCCACCCGGUGGAGGCUCCCGUCAACAGCCUGAAAGCAAGCCUGGAGCGCAUGCGUCUAGACUUCGUCGACAUCUACCUCGUCCACGGCCCCAUUCACCCGCAGAGCAUCGCCACCAUCGCGGAGGGAAUGGCGAACUGCGUCAAGCAGGGCCUCACUCGUGCCGUGGGCGUCGCAAACUACGACAGCGAGGAUGUCUUGAAGAUCCGCGACGAGCUCAAGAAGCACCAGGUUCCUUUGGCAACGAACCAGUGCGAGUUCAACGUCUUGCGCCGCUACCCCGAGACGUCCGGGAACAUCAAGAGAUGCAAGAACGGCGACAUUGUGUUCCAGUCCUACUCUUCCCUGGCGCAAGGCCGUCUCUCUGGAAAAUACACUCCGGAGAACCCGCCUCCGAAGGAAUACCGCUUCAGCAGCUACGACAUGAAGGAAAUCGAGCCGACCAUCGCGACGUUGCGCGAGAUUGCGGAGAAGCGCGGCAAGAGCCCGGCUUCGGUUGCCCUCAACUACAACAUCAGCAAAGGAGUCGUACCGGUCGUUGGCGUCCGAAACGUCGAGCAGGCGAAGGAGGCCAUUGAUGCGCUGGGUUGGAGGUUGACUGAGGAAGAAAUGGUCGCCAUUGACCAGGUCAGCGUUGAAGGAAAGACCACUUCGCUGUGGCAGCAGGGUUAG